CUGACCCCGCCCCACCUCUCGUUCUGUUGGUCAGGGCCUCACUUCUCCUGUCACUCAGCCGGCAUGUUCCCGCCCCAUCGCCCGGCCGGAAGGAUCGCCAGCUUCGCCAGGCCCGUUCCCGCAGCUCCGGGGCUCGGUGGCGCUCGGCGUGGUUGCCAUGGCGGCGGUUGCUGCGGCGACGAGGUGGCGGCUGUUUCUGGUGCUGAGCGCCGCGGGGCUGGGGGUCACAGGCGCCCCGCAGCCCCCCAGCAUCGUGCUCCUGCUCAUGGACGACAUGGGGUGGGGCGACCUCGGGGUGUACGGAGAACCUUCCAGAGAGACCCCGCAUUUGGACCGGAUGGCUGCGGAGGGGCUGCUCUUCCCGAACUUCUACACGGCCAACCCCCUGUGCUCCCCUUCCAGGGCGGCCCUGCUCACCGGACGCCUGCCCAUCCGCAGUGGCUUCUACACCACCAACGGGCACGCCAGGAACGCCUACACACCCCAGGAGAUAGUGGGCGGCAUCCCGGACUCAGAGCUCCUGCUGCCGGAGCUGCUGAAGGAGGCCGGCUACACCAGCAAGAUCGUGGGCAAGUGGCAUCUGGGCCACAGGCCUCAGUUCCACCCCCUGAAGCAUGGAUUCGAUGAGUGGUUUGGAUCCCCCAACUGUCACUUUGGACCUUAUGACAACAAGGCCAGGCCCAACAUCCCUGUGUACCGGGACCGGGAGAUGGUUGGCAGAUUUUAUGAGGAGUUUCCAAUUAACCUGAAGACUGGAGAAGCCAACCUCACCCAGCUCUACCUGCAGGAAGCGCUGGAUUUCAUUAAGAGGCAGCAGGCAGCUCACCGCCCCUUCUUUCUGCACUGGGCCAUCGAUGCUACACACGCGCCUGUCUACGCCUCCAGGCCCUUCCUGGGCACCAGCCAGCGAGGGCGUUACGGGGACGCCGUCCGGGAGGUCGACAGCAGCGUCGGGAGGAUCCUGCACCUCCUGCGGGGCCUGGGCAUCGCAGAGAACACCUUUGUUUUCUUCACGUCCGACAACGGCGCGGCCCUCGUUUCUGCGCCCAGACAAGGCAGGUGGCUCGAGCAGUUGGGGCUCCGCCCGGGGCCCCUCAGCACCCCCCCACCGGGCCGAGUGUGA